GCCUCGUCCGAGCCGAUGAUCUUCACUCGGCUCCGCGCGCUUGAGGACAAGGCGCGACUGCCACGCAGCACGCGAAUACUCUCCCGGGACGAGAACACCUUCCACAUCAUCUUGCCUAAAACAAAAGUGCGGUUGCGAUUCACUUGGUUUUACUAUGUUCGAUACCGCCGAUACCGGUUUGCCAACGUCAUCACCGCCGCACGCAAAGUAUCCUUGAAUCAGUUCUCGUCUCAAGAUGGAGAGCCCCGAGGCGAGUCGCGACGACCGCAUGGCCACGCAGGCUGGACGACGCGCGGAGCUGCAGAAGCUGUCGAAUGAGGAGGGCGAAUGGACAUUGUAUCGCACGCUGUGUCAGUUCCGGCUGGGCUAUUUCUCGUUCUUGGUACUCAUGUGCAUCCUCAUGUUCAGUGUCACGUUCCUCAUGGAGAUCUUCUUCGCCAUCUUCUUGCCUAGUGCACGCAUGGAUCCGUACUUCACCGUGCGAGCCAUUGUGCUACUGGCCUUCCUGCCGUUCGCGCUUAUAUUCCUAUCCUACUGCUUUGAAGAAUCCAGUCGGCUGUUCCUGGACGCCAUUGACACGAGAGAGGGUAGUCUCGCCAAUUUUCGUCUCUCGUUGUGUGUCUGCGUCCACUACUUGCGUCACUGGCGCGAGAUGCCCGAUGACAGAAUGGAGAGAGAACAGUUUGACGCCUUUCGAGGUGAUGACGAGGAUCAAGAAGCAUGGGCGCGAUUAGUUAGCUGGAUCACUGCUGGACCGAGAUAUUUGCUUAGCACCAUCUACACAAACGACCCUUUUGACGACAAUAACAAGGAGUCUGAAGACGAGAAAAGAUAUGAACUGGAAUUGCUAUUCCAGAGACAACAGAGUGAGGAAUCUGGCCAGAAGCAUAGCAGCCGCUUCCUUCGUCACAGAAGCAACAGCAGCAGCAGUAGCAGUAGUGAAGAGAACUCGCCGUCGUCUCGGUGGAAACGAGCGUUUCAAGCUGCAAGCACGACAGUCAAGUUCAACACUACGCAUUUCGACGGACCACCGCUGGAUUUCUCCACGCUCGUCAUCACAGAUGUGUUAUGUCCAUUUGUGUUCGAGCUGAUCACGAUGUGGACCUUCAUGGUCUCUCUGCUAGCAAAUUUAUCUCCGCUGGCAGCUUUUCUCGAUUACAUUCAGUGUGGCUUCUAUAUGCAAGCGAUCUACCUGGGCGUCUGGAUGAUCUGCCACUUUUGCAGUGCUCGAAAUCGCAAGAUGAGAGAGUUCGUGAGUAACUACCGAAGGCGAUACCGUGACAUGCAGCGUGAGUUACUUGAGAUGGAAAAUGAGAAGCGCGCUGAACAUCUUUGGCUGGUGAGUAUUGGUUUUCGUGCUGUGGAGCAAUUCCAGACCAGCUUCUUUACGUUUGUGGAGGCCAUUUUCGAGUUUGGGUGCAGUAUCCGAGAGAAAUGCUGCCCUUGGGGAUCGAGAUCUGGAAAUGAUAGUUCAGCGACGGGUGAAGAGAGGCAAUCACUGCAAUAUGGUGACGAAGCUCACUACACGCCAACACAAGAAACGUCGGAAGAAAUCACAGAAGGAACAUGCGAUCCUGUCACGGACGCCAAUGAGACUCAGGAGGCGUUGGAAGGGAAGCAGCGUAUGCACAGGAUUGGCGAGCAUAUUCGCGAAUUGAACCUGUGGUCAAAGUUUUCAUACGACCGUCGGCUUCGGAUUUUGUGGCCGAUCGUCAUUCUGAGUGCAAUUAUCUCGUUCUACGCAUUUUACGCCGGAUGGGGCAUCAUGGGCAUUUGCCUCAUUCUACUUGGCGAUACGAUCCAGGCCAAAUACCCUCAGAUUUUCGGCCUGACAUUCAAGUCCUUUAUCACCUUCUUUGUCAUUUUAUCAUUCGUUUUCUUCUCGUCUACAUGGGCAAUUGGAACUUUUGUUCAAGGUGAUGAUUUCUUUGUGUAUCCACCAACGGCGGAGUCUCUCGCAGCUCCAGCUACUCCAUUCGCGUCGAAGACAACAAAGUCGCCCGUGCAGUGGACAAAGGUGGCCGAAUAUCCAGUGUGUGCUCUAGACUUAAAUUCUCUCGAUAUCGUGGAUUUUGCACUCAUCGCUGAUGCUGUCUACGGUUGGAACACCGCUGUUCAAGUCAAGUCAUUUACUCAACGUUUCAACGGCACGGAGCUCGGUGACUGGGAGUUCGUAUCGCGUAACAAUGAAGAUGCGGGCCAUCAAGUGUGGACUGAGCUCUACUUCCCGUCCAUCAACAUGACUGUUAUUGCGGUAAGAGGAACCGCUACAGCCACAGACGCACUCGAAGAUCUCCACUAUUGGUUCGGGGUGAGCGUCAUGCAGGCUGCGAAUACCUUCAUCCCUUUCUUGAAGCAGCUUCCCAGUGAAUUCGUCGUGGAGAUGCUUUCUAUGAACUUCCUCCGAGCUAUCAUGCCACCUCCAGUGUACUCAGAGCUGCUAGACCACGUGAUUGCAGUUCGCAAACGUGUUGGUGGGGAUCGUCUUGUGCUAACUGGCCACAGUCUGGGAGGUGCAAUGGCAGCCAUGGUUGGUGCCAGGACGCACACCCCCGCCGUAUCGUUCUCAGGACCUGGACUGCUUUAUUCUCGUGGACGCUUCGAUGUGGACGAUGAGUCCAUUCGUGACUACGUGAUGACUGUAAAGCCUCGACGCGAUAUCGUUCCGCAAGUGGACGAGCUGGGUGGCAUGGUCCAGGAGAUCGAGUGUAGGCGCGACAACCCGCUCGCCUGUCACAGUACCGUGACGCACAUGUGCGAACUCUAUGCUGCGUGCGGUGAUAAACGCAAGCGCGACUGGUCAAAGGCGGCGCAGUGCCAAGAGUACUUCCACAGCAACUGAAGUGGAUCUCCGAUCUGCUUCCACUUCAACCACUUCAACUUGAAAGAUGGCUACACUGUCAAUAAAUACACUAGCUUUUUGUAAUUAUUGCAAAAACGUUCUAAAUAAUAUUGCUUUGUAAGCGCUCUUAAAUCGAA